ACUGCACAACACAAAUGUCAUGCUGCGUAGAUCUUGUGUGCUUCAAACGUCGGUGUCAAUACAGACUACUCGCUGAUCUUGAAACCAAAACAUUUUCUCAACUCUCUCGCAAGAUGUUAUGUUACUACCCACCAUUGGGUCGCCAUUGGUGGUCAGAUGAUAUCUAUUUCAGGAUUAGGCGUGCUGACGUUUAAGACACCACAUCUUCUUCAUCGCUGUUCCUUCACACCAACGAACCCUCAGCUCUAUACGAUGAAGCAACAUACAGAAAGAAUAGUAUAGAAGCGGGAAAGCAAAAUUAGAUCUGACAUUAUGACCAUGUCUAGAGAGGGUAUCACCAUCAGCCUCCCAGGAACCGGAGUUCCUGAAGUCGCUGAUAAUCUCUUCUCCUCCGUCUCCCAUCCCCCAUGGACGGAACCCCUAGACUGGGACUCAUGUGUAUCGCAAUCCUGGGAGAGACAAAUCCCCUUCCACUCAUACGCCAGACUAGGUUCAACAAUCCCAGACACACCAGCCUCUUUCCCUCAAUUCAACAACCUCCCGACGGAGCUCCAAGAUCAUAUACUCAGCCUCUGCACCCCAGGAACCCUCUUCCAGCUCCUCCAUGUAUCCUCGGCCCUUCGUCCUCGAGCAUCAAAACUGUUCUGGGGGAAUCCAAAUGCUUACUUCCACGUCCGAGCCAGCUGGCUCUGCAGCGGUACUUUCCCUGGCGAAACAUAUGACGACCUGACACUUGCACCCCACAUACGUAACGUCGAGAUCGAGUACCAUCAGAACGACCACAUGAAAUUCUUCCCCCGGGGCCGCAUGGACGGAGCCCGUGUCGAAAGAAUUCACAACUUCUGGAAAACGCUGGAGACGACAUUUCCCAACGUGAGAAACGUCAUCCUUAACCAAGCAUGGGAAUCCAACCCGCCGGUCCGGACUAGCCACGGUCCUCCUCUGGACCUCAAAAUGGUCGUAGAAAGCAGUCCCCCAGACAUACACGCAUCAGCCUUCGUAGUCGAACCAAACCCCCCUUCCACAACACUCAUAACAUCCCUCUCCCCCUCCUCCCCCCAGCGCCUCCGCCGAGCCCUCCACACCUACAACUCCCAAACCACCACCUGGCAGACCAUCCACCCGCAUCCCCAAAACCGACACGCGACCGUCCUCCUGCCCCCCAAGACCUUCACCGGCCCCAUCGGCGCCUACCAACGCAUCAGAUACCUCAUCUGGCGCCGCAUAGCCUGCUACAUGGCCCUCCUGCCCCUAGCCAUCGAAGCUUUCGAGCGCCAGAACUUCCCCCACGGUGACAAACCCGCCGCAACUGUCCCCCCGCUCACCUGCCCGAUCACACCCAACUGUUCCGCGACAUUCGACGCCCCGGGCCAGUGGCCCCUCCACGCCGCGAGCGCGCACCCCGGAUGGCGCCCUCCGUGGACGCGGGAGGCAGUGCGCGCUGCGCUGUCGCCCGCCCUGAGCCACGCCUUCCAAGAGCGCGAGACUUCGCUCCUCGGGGAUUCUGGGGCGCAGACGGUCGCGAAGAGGGGGAUGGUCGACGAGUGGAAUGGCAAGACGGGGCUGACGCGUGAAGAGAUCGAGGCUGCGUGGAGUGAGCAGGGGGGCGAGGGUGGAGAUGCAGAGUGGAGGUUGAGGGUGCUGCCGGACGGGACAGGGGAAGUGAACGAGUAUAGUCCGUUGUGGGAGGUUUAUGUGACUGACAUGGAGCGCGGGAGUGGGAGGCCGGAUCCGUUUUUGUGAAGGUCGGGCGACAAGGACGGCAAGGGUGUGAUGUCGAAAGCAUAUGACAUAUGAAAGGUUAAAAACUUCAUUCGAUAAUCAAAAUCACUGCUCAAAACAAUCUGGCUAUGGUGCGUUGUGGAAGGAAGAGGGAGAGUGCGGUCAUGUGGCCGUUAUCAUAAUCCAUUGAAGAUUUGAUGGAAAUGGCUGGGAAGGAGGAGAGGAAUGGCGGAAGGAACGAAAGAGUACCGUACACCACGGGUCCAAAAGGAAGGUCAGUAUAGGGGGUAGACGUAGAGAAGAAAUGAUUCAGAUAUCAACAUUAAAGUAAUGGAACAGAUUGAUCAG